CUGCUAAAGAGCAGUAUUGAUCUGAAGGGUAAAUGUGUAGGGACCCACAGAGAGAGAUACAGUCAUUUCUGAGAAGGGAGACAACCUCUUCCAGUAAGAAAGUGUUUUCUACCUGUCUGCCUUGCCUGUGAGAUCCUUUGUGAAUGAAGGGGGACACCAGAAAGGGCAGUUUGUUGCCACAGUGAUUUAGAGAGAAAAGGUAUUACCUCAGUACAAGCUACUGUGCAUGUUGCUGCUGCUCUUGCUGCUGCUGCUGCAGUUUCAUCUAGUAGAUUCUAGUGACGAAUCAAGUGAUGACUUUGGAGAAUGAGGCCAGCUAAGGACUUAACUGUACUUCUCUAAGAUCUUGGAUGAUGUGGCGCCAUAAUCACAGACAGUGAGGAGUUGAACACAAACGGAAAAAGGCAGUACAGUAUGCAGCUACCUGGAGGGUGUUGAUUGAAAACUUAGAUUGCCCCCAAAUCACUGCUGAUUUGACUGAUGCCUCAGCUCUAUCAGAAAAAGAAUUUCAAUUAAGGUCCCUUUAGAUGGAAUUUAAUGCGGCAAAAACCUUGUCAUCAGAAGGAUUAAUGUCUGCAUUAGCAUUUCUGCAAUAAAAUCUGAAGCUAAGUGGUGCAGGCCACAGCCACCUCAAAGCUGGAUUCUACAGCUCUACAUUAAGUGCUGGAGUUUUUAUUACUUGCUGUAGGGAAACCUUUGCCAAUGCUUACAAGGAACUGUUUAUCCCUGCUUCUCUGGGUCCUGUUUGAUGGAGGUCUCCUAACACCACUGCAUCCACAACUACAACAGACUUUAGAAGCACAGCCGAGAGAAAAUGUUGUCACAAUGCCAGGGAGGAGGUCAUCCGCCCAGCGGGUCAAACGAGGCUGGGUAUGGAAUCAGUUUUUUGUGCUGGAGGAAUAUAUGGGCUCUGAACCCCAGUAUGUGGGAAAGCUUCAUUCUGACUUGGACAAGGGAGCGGGCACUGUUAAAUACACCCUCUCAGGAGAUGGAGCUGGCACGGUAUUUACCAUUGACGAGACCACAGGGGACAUACAUGCCAUAAGGAGCCUUGAUCGAGAAGAAAAGCCUUUCUACACACUCCGUGCUCAGGCUGUGGACAUAGACACCAGGAAACCACUGGAGCCUGAAUCAGAGUUCAUCAUCAAAGUGCAGGACAUUAAUGAUAAUGAGCCAAAGUUCCUAGAUGGGCCGUAUGUUGCCAGUGUCCCGGAAAUGUCUCCAGUGGGUGCAUAUGUACUUCAGGUUAAAGCUACAGAUGCUGAUGAUCCUACAUAUGGAAACAGUGCCAGAGUGGUUUAUAGUAUUCUUCAGGGGCAACCAUACUUCUCCAUUGAUCCUAAGACAGGUGUAAUAAGAACAGCUUUGCCAAACAUGGACAGAGAGGUCAAAGAACAAUAUCAAGUCCUCAUCCAAGCCAAGGAUAUGGGAGGACAGCUGGGAGGAUUAGCUGGAACUACCACUGUAAACAUAACUCUCACCGAUGUCAAUGACAACCCACCCAGAUUUCCCAAGAGUAUCUUCCAUUUGAAAGUACCCGAGUCCUCACUUGUUGGUUCAGCCAUUGGAAGAAUCAGAGCUGUGGAUCCUGACUUUGGGAAAAACGCAGAAAUUGAAUACAACAUCGUCCCAGGAGAUGGAGGGAAUUUAUUUGACAUCACCACAGAUGAGAACACCCAGGAAGGGGUCAUCAAACUGAAAAAGCCGUUAGACUUUGAAACAAAAAAGGCAUAUACCUUUAAAGUAGAGGCCUCCAAUGUGCAUCUUGAUCAUCGAUUCCACUCUGUGGGUCCAUUCAAAGAUACAGCCACUGUGAAGAUCAAUGUGUUGGAUGUGGCUGAACCUCCAGUUUUCAGCAAGCCUAUGUACACCAUGGAGGUUUAUGAGGAUACUCCUGUUGGGACCAUAAUAGGUGCUGUAACUGCACAGGAUCUUGAUGUUGGCAGCAGCUCUGUUAGGUACUUCAUAGAUCGGAAGAGUGAUGCAGACAGCUACUUUACAAUAGAUAGAUCUGAAGGAACCAUUGCAACUAAUGAAAUACUGGACAGAGAAAGCACCGCACAGUACAAUUUCUCUAUAAUUGCAAGUAAAGUUAGUAAUCCAUUACUAACCAGCAAGGUCAAUGUUAUAAUAAAUGUCUUAGAUGUCAACGAAUUUCCUCCAGAAAUUUCAGUGCCAUAUGAGACAUCUGUAUGUGAAAACGCAAAACCAGGACAGGUAAUUCAGACUGUCAGUGCUGCGGACAAAGAUUUGUCCCCUGCUGGGCAAAGGUUUUCCUUUAGACUGUCACCUGAGGCGUCCACCAAACCAAAUUUCACAGUCCAAGACUACAGGAACAACACAGCUGGAAUUGAAACCAGGAGAAGUGGCUACAGCCGUAGGCAGCAAGACUUGUAUUUCCUCCCAGUUGUGAUAGAAGACAGCAGCUAUCCUGUACAGAGCAGCACAAACACAAUGACUAUCCACGUUUGUAGAUGCGAUUCCGAUGGUACCAUUCUAUCCUGCAAUGUUGAAGCAAUCUUCCUACCAGUUGGACUCAGCACAGGGGCUUUGAUCGCAAUAUUGCUGUGUAUUGUUAUACUUCUAGUCAUUGUUGUGCUGUACGUAGCACUGCGAAGGCAGAAGAAAAAAAGACACCCUGAUGACUCUAAAGAAGACAUCAGAGACAAUGUCAUCCAUUAUGAUGAUGAAGGAGGUGGGGAGGAAGACACCCAGGCUUUUGACAUUGGUGCCCUGAGGAAUCCAAAAGUGAUUGAAGAUAACAAAAUACGCAGGGAUAUAAAACCGGACACUCUAUGUUUACCACGUCAGAGACCACCAGUGGAAGACAACACAGACAUAAGAGAUUUCAUUAAUCAAAGGCUGCAGGAAAACGAUGUGGAUCCCACUGCACCCCCUUAUGAUUCACUGGCAACCUAUGCCUAUGAAGGAAAUGGAUCUGUAGCAGAGUCUCUGAGCUCUAUAGAUUCACUUACUACAGAGACAGACCAGGAUUAUGAUUACCUGAGUGACUGGGGACCCCGCUUUAAAGUCUUGGCAGAGAUGUUCGGAGAGGAAGAAAAUUAUAACACUGCUAAAGUCACUUAAGGGAGGGAAACCCAAAAGGCAAGAAUAAGAAAACUAGAACAACAACAAAUUAAAAAUAAAACCCGAGCUUUAUAGGACAAGAUUCCUUUGAUUAUUAAAGACAGCACCUGUCUCCAGCAAGUUACUAUAUUUAUCAUACUGUCAGUUUUGAUUUGGUCUGCAAAGGGAGGAUAAACCCUGUAAGAUAUACUUUUUUGUUGUUUUUUGUUACUUGGGAAUAACACUGAGACAAGCUCAGGCCUAUUAGCUACAAUGUACUGAUAUGACAACUUAGACAGAAGCUAGCUUUCUGGCAUCACGGUGGAAGAGUGGUAGAUUUUUCUUAAUUCCACUAAAGUGCCUAUUGAAACUUUUAUCAUUUAAAGUGGUAAAGACUCUGCUAUGAUGGUGUUACAGAACUGAGCUGUAAACUGGACAUAAAGGACUUUAUCUUUAUGUCAAGAAGCAAUAGCAACAUGCUGACUUCUAGUUCUUAUAAAACAAAAAUGAAGAUAACUUUCUGGAAUAUAUCCAGUGACUAAAACUCAAGGGGUAUUGUUUUGGAUUUUUAUUUUAUUUUAAGGAAUAAUAAUAAUAAUUGUAUGCCAAGAUAUCACAUUUCUUCUGUCCGCAUUUCACUGACAAAUUGAAUAAAAAGUGCUAUUACUCAAUUUCAAGAUGUAAAGCCCAAAAUUAAAAACAUACCACACACUGAUCUUCACAUACACAAAGGAAUAUUUAAAAAAAAUAAUCAGUUACACUUUUUCCAGGAUGAAAGAGAAAAUUAUAAAAAACAUCUAUUCCUUUAUAGGAAGGAAACUUCCCUUGACUCCAACUCAUCAUGUACAGACAAGUUAUUGGUACAUCAGUGGUGGUUUUUAGAGGGCUAAUGUAUUUUUUAGUAUCAGUGUUGUUUUUUUUUCAGUGUAAGUAUGAAUAAUGAA